AUGGCUUUCAAAUUCGUCGUGCUCUCCGCAUUAUUGGCCGUCGCCAGCGCUGGUGUCCUGCAACCGGUAGCCUACGCUCAUGUCGCCAACCCUGCUGUGGAUGCCGUUGCCUCCAGCCACCAGAAUGUCGUACGUACCUUCGACGGCACCGUCUCGCAGUACUCGAAGACCGUUCAGACUCCCUACUCCAGUGUACACAAGUCGGACACACGUGUCAGCAACAAUGUCUACCAGCCCGCCGUGGCCAAGACUGUGGCAUAUGCCGCACCUGCCGUCACCAAGACUGUUUACGCCGCUCCAGCUCCAGCAGCCGUCUACACUCAUUCCGUUCCAGUAGCCAAGACUGUUGCUUAUGCCGCUCCAGCAGUUGCCAAGACCGUCAGUUAUGCCGCCCCAGCUCCAGUGUAUCAUCAUGAAGUGCCCGUUGCCAAAACUGUGACUUAUGCCGCUCCCGCUGUGGCCAAGACUGUUGCAUACGCCGCUCCAGCUCCAGUUCCAGUGUACCAUCAUGCCGCUCCAGUUGCCACCAACUACAACCAAGGCUCCGCUGCCACCACUUAUACUCACAAUGCUCCCGGUGUUUCCGGUUAUGGUGCCAGUCAAACCGUCCAGUACUCUCCAGCUGAGACUGCCUCCCACAUGAGCUUCGAUGGUUUCGGUACCCACUGGGGUUGGUAA